AUCUUGGGCGAGCCAGCGCCCGUCUGGCGAUGCAGAUCUAUCCCACCAAGUCGCAGCUCGUCUCGGCGUUCUGGCGAGACAAGUAUGAAAGGGAGGCAAUGCGCUACUGGGACAAGUUCUACAAGCGCAAUGAGAACAGAUUUUUCAAGGAUCGACAUUACUUGGACAAAGAAUGGGGGAACUAUUUCACGAACUUGAAUUCAUCGCGUACCCCAAAUGCCUCUAGCGCUGGAGUUGUGCUUGAGGUUGGCUGUGGUGUAGGCAACACGAUUUUUCCUUUGCUGGCGGAGUACCCCCACAUAUUUGUGCAUGGAUGCGAUUUCUCUCCUCGAGCGAUUGAGAUUGUGAAGGCACACAGCGACUAUAUCGACAGUCGGGCCAAUGCUUUUGUUUGUGACGUGACAUCGGAACAAUUGACGGAACACAUGCCUUCUUCGUCAGCUGACAUUGUGACCCUGGUGUUUAUGCUUUCAGCAGUAUCUCCGGAUCGAAUGUCUGGUGUCUUGGCAAACAUCAAGAGAGUGCUUAAGCCUGGUGGACAUGUUCUUCUCAGGGAUUAUGCGGUAGGAGAUCUGUCCGAGGAAAGAUUCAGAAAGAAGGACCAGCAGAUUAGUGAGAAUUUUUUCGUGCGUGGAGAUGGCACGCGCGCGUUUUAUUUUUCCGAAGACUUCCUCUCCGAGCUCUUUAUGAAAGAAGGCUUCGCAGUGGAGGCGCUCGACGUCGUUUGCAAGGUCGUGGAGAACCGAUCCAAGGGCCUUGCUAUGGACAGGAAAUGGAUUCAAGGCGCCUUUGUUCUCAAAGAAGAACCUGGAGAAGAUGCAUCGUGCUCGCUAGAUGGCCUGGGAGAGGACUUGUUCAUAGAAGCACCAGUUCCUGAGGAGACCGCGGUCGAGCUUGGGGACUAUCGUAUCGUUGCAAAGUCGAUAUCCCGCAGCCACCAGCACACAUGCAAGAGCACAGGACUAAUGCUGUGGGAAUCUGCCCUGGCAAUGUCCCAGCUGCUGCUACGAUUUCCAUCUCUUCUCCGAAACAAGACCGUGCUAGAACUCGGCAGUGGAUGCGUCGGCCUCUGCUCGUUGCUAGCGUCGCUCUCCGCAAGGCAUGUCCUCACCACGGACGCGGACACUCAAGCUCUCGACUUGCUCCAGCAAAACAUCCAAGCCAACGCUCAAACUUUCCCUGUGGACAAGAUAUCCUGCCAGAGGCUGCAAUGGGGUGACUGUGGCGAGAUCUCCUCGGUUCUAGGCCGUUUCUCCGGAGGAUUCGAGUUCAUCUUUGGAACAGACGUGACUUACGUUGAAGAGGCGCUGCCCGCGCUGUUCGAGACCGCCAAGCAGCUGCUUUCUAGUGCUGCGAGCUCCAAGCCAAGCCUGCUGCUGUGUCAUCUGGCCAGGAGGAUCGACGAAGCGCAGAUAACUUCCAGCGCCGCUAGGCAUGGUUUUCUUCUCAAACGCUGGUGGCUUAGCACGGAUCAAAGCCUUGCUGUCGAAGAACUUGGCAUCGACGAGGGGUUUCACGCAGGGACUUCUUACAACGUGUCCUCUCCAGUGAUGUUUCUUUGGUACUCUUAUAAUUCUCAAGACACUGAAUUUCUCCAUUGAAUCAAUUGUGUAGCCAAGAUGAGUUAUAUGUUCUUACAUAUGAAAAAAAUCAAUGCCACAGAUGUUUACAGAA